UUGGCAACCCUGUACGUUGACUCAAAAAAAAGUUGCAGAGCAAAAAUUGAAAUUGCAUCAAUCAUUGGCAUUGUUGCGUUAAAUACGCUGUUGAAGGACAAUUUUUUUGCCGAAAAAAAAAGACUAGAGUUAUCUCGAAAAUCCAAUAGAGUUGUGCUAGAGAUUCCCCUUCUGCGGACAGUACGAUCUCCAAUUUGCAAAGUACAAAAACAACGAUAUAUUCCAUCAACGAGAAACAAAAGAAAAAAAGAGUGUUCAACGCCAUCCACCAUUCUCCAAUUAUUAAAUUAGCAGGGAUAUAAUAUAAGCUAAAAAAAAAACUUCAAACAUGUCGGCACCGGCUACACCCGAUAAACUUACUCCCGGCACGGGUCGACCACCCUUGAGUCGUGACAAUAGCACCGGUAGUCCCAAUUCCCUACAACUACCCAGUCCAAUAAUAACGAAGCGUACCAGAACCGCUUCUACCUCUGCCCGUGCUAUGGAAAACCCCAUAGUCACCGGCACUGUAAAAUCAUUUAGUCGAACUAAAGGACAUGGUUUUAUUACGCCCAAAGAUGGUGGUGAUGAUCUAUUCUGUCAUAUAUCUGACAUCGAAGGAGAAUUUGUGCCUAUGGAAGGUGAUGAAGUCAAGUAUCGUCUGUGCGCCAUACCGCCUAAAAAUGAAAAAUUCCAGGCUGUCCACGUUAAGAUUAUUAACCUAACACCCGAAGUCCACCACAGAUGGGAGGAAUAAAUAAAAUUUGUUACAAAACUAAAUCGAAAAUCAACACCACAAUGAACAAUAAUUAUGUAGCCACAAGCCUGCCGUCAGAUACAUACAUCUAUUUAUAUUCCAAUCGAGUCAAGAUAAUUUUAGGAGUUUUUUAUUGGAAUCAAAUCAAAUAACACACAGCAAAAAAAAAGUUAAACAAAACAGAAUGCCUCAUUUUAAAAACGCCAGUGAAAGAAAAAAACAUAAAAUUUUUAAUGAAUUAUAUUUGUAAGCGCACAUAAUAUUGUUUUUAUUUUGGUUUUUUAUUUACUUAUUUUUCUUUUUGUAAUGCCGAUGCCUAUUUAAUGGGUUACUAAUAAAAGCAUUGAAAAGUA